AGUGGUGCCUCUUGGACAGAAAACAUAACCGCCUAUAACUUUUAAGUACAAUAAGUGUGUAUUUACCAAAUCUUCGGGAUCUGGACUUUUCUUUCUGUUUUGAGCCUGAAAACUGAGCAGCCUUUCAUCCUGACAGCUGUCUUGUGUAAUAAGUCUGUCGCUCCAAGCUGUCUGCUGUCAUCCUCACUAACAGAGGACAAUGGACGCUACUAUCAGAUCCCCUGAUGCUGGGAAUGAUGUUGAUUACAGUUGGGAAGUUAAAGCCAAUGAUAGAAGCUUCUAUGAGAAAUUCAAGAAGAAAGGAUUUCUUUGUUUCCAUAGGAAUAAAUAUGCGGAUAAUACAAUUAAAACCUCCAAGUACAACCUGUUGACUUUCAUCCCUAAAAAUUUGUAUGAGCAAUACCAUCAGCUUCAUGUGAUCUACUUCACAGCUAUAUUCAUAAUUCAGAGCAUCCCACAGAUUAAAACCCAGCCAACAUUCAUUUAUGCCAUUGUUCUCUUAUCAAUUCUGAUAGCACGCAGUUUACGAGACUUGCUGGAUGACAUUAAGCGUCACAGGAAUGAUAACUUGAUUAACAACCAAUCUUGUGAGAUCUUCAGAGGGCAAAGCCUGCAAAACUUGAAGUGGAAAGAUAUACAAGUUGGUGACAUUGUGUGCUUACGAAAAGAUUCAUUUGUGCCAGCGGACAUGUUACUGUUGUACAGUACAGAACCAAAUAGUCUGUGUUAUGUAGAAACUACAGGCAUUGAUGGAGAGACUAACCUCAAGUAUCGUCAGUCCCUGGUGGAUACACACUGUGCCCUCCAUACUGAACAAGCUUUAGCAGAAUUUGAUGGUUUGAUAACCUGUGAAUUGCCAAAUGCCCGGUUACACAACUUUGUUGGAAUCUUGGACUGGAAAGGCAAAAAGUAUCCCCUCAGUAAUGACAACAUUCUCCUGAGAGACUGCAGAAUCCGCAACACUGCCACAUGUUAUGGCCUUGUAAUUUAUGCAGGAGUUGACACCAAAAUAAUGAAAAAUGCUGGUAAAGUAACAAUGAAGAGGACAAAUCUGGACAACAUACUCAAUAAAUGUGUGCUCAUAAUCGUGUUAAUAUUAGUUUCUGUGUCGUUUGGAUUGGCUGUUGGAGCUGGUGUCUGGAACACAUUGAUUAUGGGAAAGGUUUACUACAUACCUGGUUCUGGUCAGCUGCAAUCCCCUACUGUUGGAUUUUAUAUGUUUUGGGGAUACUUCACUACUAUGAGCACACUUGUACCUUUUGUUCUUUACAUCUCGCUGGAUUCCAUUCAUGUGAUCCACAAUGUUUUCAUCAGCCAAGACUUGGAAAUGUAUCACUCGGAAUCGGAUUCACCAGCCCAGGCACGAGGCAACAGCCUCUGUGACAUGUUGGCACAGAUAGAUUACAUCUUCACAGACAAGACAGGCACACUGACUCAAAAUGUCAUGAUGUUCAAAAAAUGCUGUAUUGGGCAGAGAGUUUUUGGCACUACUACAGGUAAAGAAGAAGAACACAAGGAGGUGAGCUUUGCUUGGAACCAGUAUGCGGACAAAGCAUUCCAGUAUUAUGAUCAGUCCUUAACUGAAGAACUUUGUAAGAAUGAAGAUCCUUUGUCCCGUGAGUUCUUUAGGGCAAUAGCUCUCUGCCAUACGGUAAUGCUGGAUAACACCAACGAAGGAGCCUUAAUAUACAAAUCUGCUUCUCCUGACGAACAGGCCUUAGUCACUGCAGCCAGAAAUUUUGGUUAUGUUUUUCUCUCUCGCACUCAGCAGUCUAUUACAAUCAGUGAACUUGGUACAGAAAAAACAUACAAUAUCCUGUCACUGAUGGACUUUAAUAGUGUUCGCAAGAGGAUGUCUAUAUUAGUAAGAGAUGAAGAAGGAAAGAUAAAACUUUACACUAAAGGGGCAGACAGUGUCAUACUACGACGUCUACAUCCCAGCUGUGAGACUGAUUUCCUCAUGAAUGCCUUAGAUGAAUUUACUGAAGAGACACUUAGAACUCUUUGUUUAGCCUAUAAGGAAUUGGAAGAACAUGAUUAUAAGGCAUGGGAGUUAACUUAUAAUGAGGCCUCUUUGACACUUCGGAAUCGUGCAGAUCACUUGGACAAAGUUUAUGAGGCUAUGGAGACUGACCUACAGCUACUUGGUGCCACUGCAAUUGAAGAUAAGUUACAGAAUGGUGUUUCAGAAACAAUCCAGCUCUUGAAAGAUGGGAAUAUCAAGAUUUGGAUGCUGACAGGAGAUAAGCCAGAGACUGCCGUGAACAUAGCAUAUUCCUGUAAGCUUCUUUCCAGUGACAUGGAGAUUGUUGAAGAGAGUGAGUUAAGAUGUCUUCUGGAAAGUGGCAUAGAUUGUAAGAACCAGUCAGGAGAGAGAAAUUCCAAAAUAUGCGGAGAUUUAAGCAACAAUAAAGCAUUGGUUAUUACAGGAGACUUCUUGGACACAUUCAUGAACUUUUCUGAUAAAAAGGCUCUAAAGAUGUCCAAAUGGAAACAUUUGGAAGGGUUUCUAAAAAGAAAGAAGAUAACAGAUCUUCACACACAUUUGAGAACACAAGCAUUCGUGGAAUUGGCAUGUCAGUAUCAAACUGUCAUUUGCAGUAGGGUGACUCCGAAACAAAAAGCCAGCAUUGUGGGACUGGUGAAGACAAACCAGAAGGUCACCACUCUUGCUAUUGGAGAUGGUGGCAAUGAUGUGAACAUGCUAAAAACUGCUCAUAUUGGUGUGGGUAUCAUGGGAAAAGAAGGUGUCCAAGCUGUUCUCGCUAGUGAUUUUGCAUUGGCUCAAUUUUCUUAUCUUCAAAAUUUGCUUUUUUUUCAUGGACGUUUAUCCUAUAUCCGUUUUUCUAAGUUUCUGAGCUUUUACAACUUCAAGACAUUUGCCAGUCUCUUGCACAACGCUUGGUUUGCAUUCUUCAAUGGCUUCUCUGCUCUGUUAGUAAGUGAUAUCAUGUUCCUGGUUUUCAAUGCCUUCGCCUACACUUUGCUCCCAUCACUUUACAUGGGGAUUAUGGACAAGGAUGUGGAUAGUAAGACUAGUCGUCAGCAUCCAGAACUGUACAUCACAGUACAGAAGGACAAGAAUCUUUUGCUUAGGAUCAUCAUUCAUAUCAUAUAUGGGAUCUACACUUCUUUGAUUAUGUUCUUCAUUCCUUAUUUUGCCUUCUAUGACUCUGCUGGACCUGGUGGCAUAUUUGAUUAUCAUGUUUUAGUGUUUACCAUGAAUAACAUCUACGUUCUAUCUGUUCUGGCUGAGGCUGUGCUAGUGAUUUCCUCAUGGACAGUUGCUGCAUUCCUGGCUAUUGUGAUUUCCCUCAUCAACUAUUUUUUUAUCUCAUUUUUAACUACAACUGCAUCAGCAUAUUUUUCCAACAUGACAUACUUCAAGUACCUGGGUGCCAUGCUGAAUUCCAUAAAUAAUGGGUAUUUGUGCCUUAUAUUAUUGUUGGCUGUAACUUUAAGCAUCAUCCCCUCGCUUUUCUGUCGCCUGUGGUGUAAGUUAUCAGUUCCUACACUGAUGCAAUCGAUUCCUUCAAGAAAGAAGACUGUAGAAUUACAUUCUGCCUUCAGGAGGGACAGUUCAAAAAGGUCCAGUUAUGCUUUUUCUCAUACUGAGGGAUAUGGAAGGAUUAUAACUAAAGGCGGCUUUUUGCAAAAGACUCAUAUUCAGCAGAAAGACCAGGAGAAGAGUUGUAUGAAUAAUGGAAAGUAAAUACACAGUGCCAUAUUAUCCUGUCUUCACCAUGCUGCAUUCAUGAUUUUCUAUGACUAUAAUAAAGGUUGCUUUUCUUUCAUUCUAUAUAGAAAGUAAAAAAAUAAUAAUA